AUGACUUAUCGCGGACCUUAUCACCCAAAUUCUGGCCGAGGCCGAGAUUUCCACCGCUUUGGAAGAGUGGAAUACCGAGCCCGCAGGGAUGAAGCCGAGAGCUCAGCACGACCGCAAAAUCAGCCAGAGUCAGGGUCUCCCAGUUCUUCAAGAUCAGGUCAAAGCCAGAACGAAUCUGCCGGAAACGACCACGAUGAACUUCAUUUUCCCUUCGAGGAUGACGGCCCUCCUCAGAUACCGGAAUUACCGCCCUUUUACUCUUCGCUUAACUCGUUGUUAGCAGGGGUGCAACGUCGGAGGGAGCGCGACUUCCCUGAACCAGCAUCAGAGCCCGAGAGGUCAGGCGAGGAUAAUACUCCAGUCCAGCAGCUCCGUGCAUCGACCGCCUCAUCAGGUGCUGGUUCGCCUGCUGGUCCGCCUGCUGGUCCACUGUCCGCUGUGACACCAAGAAACUCCAAUGAAGUGCCAAUAGUGGCUGUCACUAGAAGCACAAGUAGCGAAGGCAGCACGCUCCUACUUGAUGAUAAUUACCAAGAUUCGCCUAUCACAACUGAUAGCCCCGAUACUGCGGAUGCGUCACACUCACCGCAUGCAUCUUGCCGGGAGUUCGCGGAUUCCGCUCAAAAUGUGCGUACAGUUGGAAACGAGACACGGAGGGUUGAAAGGUGCAGGCAUGGUCUCCAGAACCGCCCUUGCGGAACAAAUAGGUCACCGCAGGAGGCUACUAGGGGCCCGAGGAUCGCAGAACCGCGCUUAGAUGUAGGACACGACAGAGAGCUGAUCAGUCCCAUUGAUGCAGUGAAGAUACUCUGGAAAACUAUAGAAGUCGGCGGUUUGCCCGUUGAUCCUGUGGACGCAAGUAUCCAGGAACCUACUCCAAGCCGGCAAACCUUUUCAAACCCAGAGCACCCCACACCGCAGGGGUCUAUUCCCAUCCAAAAAGUGCCAUCUGUUCGGGUUGCAUCCUCAGGGCAGCGAGAUAUAUCGGACGGCCACGGAGGCGGCCGGGAAACCGACCAGCGAGGCACAUCAAACCAGGAAGAUGCAUCGGGCAGUCGAGGUGGGCACGCAGACACAACGGCAGACCGGGAUGGUCCACCGGCCCAUUUACCUAUACCGGGACAACCGCGAGUAUCUGGUACAUCGCCUGCAGGAAACGCGCCGUCAACGUUGACGAUGACUCCAGUAUCACCAACCUUAGCCGACGGGACCGAGAACACAACCCAGCAGACAACCCAGCCGACACCCCAGCAGCCAGACCAGCAGCCAGACCAGCAGCCAGACCAGCAGCCAGACCAGCAGCCAGACCAGCAGACAAACCAGCAGACAAGCCAGCAGCCAAUCCAGCUGACACCCCAGCAGCAGCAACUCCAGCAGCAAAUUCAGCAGCAACUCCAGGGGCAAGUACAGCAGGACAUCUCGCCGCAAACCCUGACGAUAAUCCUGCAGGAAGUCGAGCGGCACUACGCGCAGCAGAACCAGCGGCAGAACCAGCGGCAGAACCAGUGGCGGAUCCGCGGAAGAGUGGGAGCGGCGUUGCGAAGAGUAUUCCAUCGUCGUAGAAGGUCGGAAGAUAAAGAGAGAGAUAAUCAGUAG